AGCCACCCGGUGCGCAGCAGCCUGGAGAGGCCCGAGGGAUGAAGACGCGACCGCGCGGUGGGACGCCCUCGCCGCGGGAUCCCGGCCGCGCCUGACGCCUGUCCCCACCCCGCGCGCAGCGGCCUGCGAGGGAGCGGCUGCCGCAUGGAGCGGCUGCAGAAGCAACCUCUUACCUCCCCCGGGAGCGUCAGCUCCUCCCGAGACUCCAGUGUGCCCGGCUCUCCCUCCAGCAUCGUGGCCAAGAUGGACAACCAGGUACUGGGCUACAAGGACCUGGCUGCCAUUCCCAAGGACAAGGCCAUCCUGGACAUUGAGAGGCCUGACCUCAUGAUCUAUGAGCCUCACUUCACCUAUUCCCUCCUGGAACGUGUGGAGCUGCCCAGAAGCCGGGAGCGCUCACUGUCACCCAAGUCCACAUCCCCACCACCGUCCCCAGAGGUGUGGGCAGAAAGCCGAACCCCUGGAAUCAUCUCUCAGGCUUCGACCCCAAGAACCACAGGAACUCCCCGGACCAGCCUGCCCCAUUUCCACCAUCCUGAGACCACCCGCCCAGAUUCCAACAUCUACAAGAAGCCACCCAUCUACAAGCAGAGAGAGUCCAUGGGAGGCAGCCCUCAGAGCAAGCACCUCAUCGAGGAGCUCAUCAUCGAGUCAUCCAAGUUUCCCGCUGCGCAGCCCCCUGAUCCUAACCAGCCGGCCAAGAUUGAAACUGACUACUGGCCAUGCCCCCCAUCACUGGCUGUUGUGGAGACAGAAUGGAGGAAGAGGAAGGCAUCCCGCAGGGGGGCUGAAGAAGAAGAGGAAGAGGAAGACGAUGACUCUGAAGAGGAGAUUAAGGCUAUGAGGGAGCGUCAGAAAGAGGAGCUCAGUAAGGUUACUUCCAACUUGGGAAAGAUGAUUUUGAAAGAAGAGAUGGAAAAAUCAUUGCCCAUUCGGAGGAAAACCCGCUCCCUGCCUGACCGGACACCCUUCCAUACCUCCUUGCAUUCGGGAACAUCUAAGUCUUCAUCUCUUCCCUCCUAUGGCAGGACUACCCUGAGUAGGCUACAGUCCACAGACUUCAGCCCAUCGGGGAGUGAGACUGGAAGUCCAGGCCUGCAGAACGGAGAGGGCCAGAGGGGGAGGAUGGACCGGGGGAGCUCCCUACCCUGUGUGCUGGAGCAGAAGGUCUAUCCUUAUGAAAUGCUGGUGGUGACCAACAAGGGGCGAACCAAGUUGCCACCUGGUGUGGAUCGAAUGAGGCUUGAGAGGCAUCUGUCAGCAGAGGACUUCUCGAGGGUCUUUGCCAUGUCUCCGGAAGAGUUCAGCAAGCUGGCCCUGUGGAAGCGGAACGAGCUGAAGAAGAAGGCUUCCCUUUUUUGACCACCCACCCUCUUGGUGGUGGCCCCUCCCCGCCGCUAUUGCUUCAAGGCUCUGGAGCUGGGGCUGCUAGACCCAAAGCUUCCUCUUCCCAGCAGGCUGGGAGCAGUGGGAGGUGGGGCAGAAGCAGGUGAGCUCUGCUCCUCAGGGAGAGAGGAGCCCAGACCUUUGCAGUCCCAGAGCUGUGUAGUGUGCCCCACAAUGGCCAGGGGCCUCCUUUUGACCCUGGUCCCCACUGCCUAGCCAAACUCAGCCUGGAUUCCAGCACACAGAGUUAAUGUUUGCAACCUCUCCCUGCCUGUCACCUGAUAUGAAAGUCCUCAGAAGAGGGUGAGGAGAAAUGAAGGGGGAUUUAGUGGUCAGGUGUGAGCUGUCCUGCACAAAGGGUGGGACUUAGCCAGCAGGGACAGCUUUGGGACCCUGUGUCUGUCCACCCGAGUGCGCCACUCCACUCCUUUCUUACAGCUUCCUGUAUUUGAGCCUCUGCUUCUCUGAUGGGGGACCAGGCUCUAGCUGGGCCUCCAACAGGGAGGUCACCCUCCCUCCAGCUUGCCUUGUCCUCCACUUGCAACCCCAAGCUUCAAAGCCUCCUUCUCCAGCCCCAGGGUUCCCCAAAGCCUUGGCUAAGAGUGGAGAUGCUGCCUAUACAAUACCUAGUCACCACCAGCCUCUAGGCAAAGUCAGCUAGGAUGUCUCCUUCUAGCACCUGUCUAGGGACCAGAGUCCAGGCCUUCAGCCUCCUUGUCUGGGAUCAAGAGGCCAGGAUAGGUACAUCUCUGAGAGUCCUGACUCCCAGGUCCUACCCAUUCCCAUGCAUCCCCCAUUUGCUGUCUACAUAAUGUAAUUUAUUGGGGCACCCCUUGCUGCUUUCCUCACCUGUUUCCCUGCUCUACCUAGCCACACUCCCAGCUCUCCUCUCCACAUACGUAUGUGUAUAUAAUUAUAUAUAUAUUUUUGCCCAGGUCUGGGUUUUGUUCCUGCUCAGACCCUGGCAUUCCACUGUGUGUGUGAUCAUGCUGGGAGGGGGGACUCUGCUUGGAAUUAAAAGGUUGCAUUGGGUCCCUAAA